CCGGAUGGCUUCUAGUAAGCGUCUCGGGAAGUAGGAGGAUGAAGCGAACAAUGCCCUCUGAAAAGCCUCGUCCACCUUUAGCAUAAGGUAAAAAUGCAACCUAAAAUGAUGAGCGAAGGUAAUAACGAAAUGAUUAUUACUCCAGGUGGAACCCACGCAAGUGGCAAUCCACCCACAGCUUCGGCUGUGGCAGGGGCACGGAUUCUGGAGGCCCCAACCCCGCUCAAAGACGAACAAAAAUGUUCGUCAAAACAAAAAGCCGAGGGGGCAGGGAACCCUGCCCGAAAAUCUGGUAAACGCUCUGGUGCCGCUAGACGCGCAGCGCGCAAACAGCGGUUACUGGCUGCCGGAACAAGAAUUUAAGGCAGCGGGACCCCCCCUAUCGGUACAAACGAAAUUCCUCCGGAGUCAGGGAAAAGACUCCGUACACCAGAGGAACCAAAAAGCUAGAAGAGAGCUAAACAUCAAGCUCCUUGCAAGGGACCACCAGAGCGGGACAGCAAUGGACCCUCAGGUUCCGGGACCAGCAAGAAGAGCAACGCCAGUAUAGAAAAGGACAAGAGGUCUUACGCAGAGGUGGCCCAUCCUUUCAACUAUGCGGUAAUAGACACGGGUAGACCCGGGGGGAGCAUGUCGACCGAGCAGCAGUCCCUGUUUGAGGCGGCUUUUGGUGACGGUCUGACGGAUUUAAUCCUAUCUUCGACUUCCAGCAGGUCUGUUUUCAAAAUCGACAUGGCUCGCUUCGAGAAGGGCGUCUUCCGUCUGGCCAUCAACUCCGUGGAGGACACUUCAGCCAUUCGUUCCAUGGUGGAGAGUCUGCCGGAGCUAUGGGAUAACUGCAAGCUGCGCAUGGUGCGCGACGAUGAGGUCCCUGAACCCCUAAAGACUCACAUCUUCGUUAGGGGACGAGCGGCGGUUAUGUCCACGGAGUGCAUCGUGAAGAUGCUGGCCAAACAGAACACGGCACUGAGGACGGAACUGUGGGAAAUAUUCCAUCGCAGUAGCACUCCGGAAGGGGACGUUAUCGUCAUGGGUAUAGACUAAGAAUCACCUGGAAUCUGUAGGUGGUAGGGCUCACCUGUUGUUCUCCACUGUCCAAUUUAGAAUAGGGCACCGUCAGGUAGAAAGCAAACCUCCUUCGGGGAAGGUUCGCCCAGACGAGGACCGUUCUACCAAGACUAGUGCGAGGACACAGGAGGUACAACCACCGGUCAGAGUGACGGUCGUGGGACGCCCGGGAACCACGUCGUCGUCGACAGCACUGUCGAGGGAACGCAGGGACCCACGUGCAACAAACAGCGCAUCGUGACAGGCGACGGGAACUGACGCGGAAAUGGUAGGCUCCUCAGGGCUGACCCCUUCUCAGGAGGAUAAGCUUCUGAGUAGCCCCCCAUAAUGCUGAUCACGCAGAUCAACUGCCACCGUAGCAGUGUGGCGUCCACGAAUCUGUAGUGCGUUUCUGUAACUUCUCGUUAUGCAUAAUAACGAACGAUAUAUCGAAUUCACUAGUAUGACGAAGUGUAGUGUUUCUGUAAGUUUGGUGAAAAGCAUUUUCGUUAUUUCUUUCGUUAUGAUAUUCGUUAUUAUAUCAUUAAAAAAAUUGCAGUGAUAUUUUGCGCCAAAAUAAAGAUGA